AUGGACCAGGUCUUCGGCGCCGAGUACGUCUUCCUCCACGUCCGUCGCUCCAACCGCGCCGGCUUGAACCUCUACACCUCCACCCUCGGCUACCAGAUCCACGACAUCGAGGCCAAGUACUAUGCUGACGGCGAGGACGCCUACGACAUGCGCAAGAUGCUGCGUCAGCCCGUGCCCAAGAAGCACCACCGCCACCACGCCGGCCGCGGCUGCUGCUCCCACGAAUCCCCUACUGCCGCGGCCGCCGGCUCGUCCCCGACUUCCCCUUCGCCGGAGAAGAAGGCCGACGAACGCGAAGUCUCCAAUCACCGCUGCCAGAUCUGGCGAGCAACCGAGCCACCACUGCAAACCGACCAUGUAGCCCCCGUCGGCCACCCACCCACCAGAGAGGGGCUCCGCCACCACGGCAUGGGGAUGCUGCUCCCCGCCACCGCGCGCUGGGCCCUCCGCCGCAGGCCCGACCGUGGCAAGUGGGCCGCAGCUGGACGAGGCGCUUACCCUCCUUGCAGUCAACGCGAGCCGCGAGCAGAGGAAGCAGCGAGGAUGAGCAGUGCGGGGUCGGCCGGACUUGGAAGGGAAGCAUGCCUGGCGCAGGUGGCGAGGCUGUGGACGUCCAAAUCGGGACGGAUCCGAGGCUGUUGGUCGGGGGCGAGGCUGCUGGACGUCCGGAGCAUGGGCAGCGGCUGA